GACAUAUUCAUGAGACGAGCGCUAGAAUUGAACAGGACAUGACUUUGUCAAGUCUAUUUUCAGCUUAAUACUUUUAUUAUACUUUGAUGAAGUGACGAACUGCCUCGACGCCAAAAUGUCUGUGCUCAGAAGCAUCAGAUGCAACCCUCAAGUGUUGUGUAGACAUCUAAUCGCGCGGUCUUCAUCCAGUCUGACUGAUGGAGAGACGCGAAUCACGCAAGUGUUGAAGGUGAAGUUUCCUCAAGCUUCAUUGCUCAAGGUUGUGGAUAUAUCAGGAGGCUGUGGUGCAAUGUACGAAAUACACAUCGAGUCCGAUGAAUUUAGAGGAAAGAGAACAGUACAGCAGCACCAGUUAGUCAAUCAGGCUCUUAAAGAUGAGAUUAAAGCCAUGCAUGGUCUACGCAUUUUCACUGAUGUUCCUAGAAAAUAGGAACUGCUCAGCGUCAUUCUCACAUCAUGUCAGUCUGCUGUCUCACUACAAUAUUAUAUCACAAUCACACACCUCAGUCUCAGUCUGUCUCUCUUUUUAAAGUGAAUUAUGCAGAGUUAUAACAGUGGCAGAUAAAUGCUUUACAGAUGUUAUGAAUAAAAGAUGUACAGUUAGAUAUGGUUCAUAAAUGCUGUAAUACGCACAAAAUAAAAGUCAUGUUGUUUUUGCUGUAAAUGAGAGUGUGAAAGAAAAAUGUAAAUGAGAGUGCAAGGCAUGUGGAUGGUUUGAAUCUUCAGUCAUUGUUCAGUAGUUUAUUGAUCCCAUUGUUUGUGUACAAUUACACUUGAUGUAGCUUUGUCAGUUAUCUGAUUUAUUUCUGUUCUGCUGUUAGGUCUGUUGAUCCAUUAAAUUAUAUCACAUCCUUUUCCCUUGUGUGGCA